AUGGCAAACGUCGAGUGCGAUUGGAAGGACGAGUGCGACGCCCUGUGGGCGGGGCGACGGGGAUGGGGCAUAUCUCAGCCACGAGCUCUACCCAGCCCAUUACAAAUCCUGCAUCGCCCUCUGCUGUAUCGCAAGAGCGGAAGCAUGAUCGGCUGCUACGCGAUUCGUCUCCUCGUUGCAACGUGGGUGCUGGGGGACGUGGGCCUGAUCGCCUUUCUAGGUCGAGCCCAAUCUCAGCUUCAAACUCGUGUCGACUCCGGAGCACCGUGUAAGACGGAGGACGGGUCGCCGGGGACCUGCACGUUCCCUGUCUACUGCUCUACUCAUUACCGCGAGUCGUCGGAAUGUUCCCUCGGGAAAUUCGGGUUCCAGAUGGUAUCUUAUCGCGACCAGACUGCUUCUCAAUUAUUGAGUCAGGGACUGGUCAUACAGCCGGGAACUCCCGCCGGCUACCACCACAGGUUCUUCCAGUCCGACCCGAAAUCGCUUCAAUUGGCGAAGAAUGCCAUGGUUGGCGUCGAGGCGGCGGGGAAUCUCACUCGACAGUUCAAUCUGAGCCCGGACCAGGCGACGUUCGGAUUGUCGAAAUACUCCAUGACGAAAACACCAGCGGCCAGCACGUGCCAGCCCCAGCCGACAUGCACCCCCAGCAGCAAAUACCGAAAUCAGGAUGGAGCCUGCAACAAUCUUCAGAACCUUCUGUGGGGACAAUCGAGGACUGCAUUGCAACGCCUCCGACCAUCGGCUUACCAAGACGGUGUGAGCUCGCCUCGAGUGGCGGUGUCGGGGAGAGCGUUGCCCAGUGCCCGGACCGUGAGCAAUACCCUAGUUCCGAAUUGCGAUCGACCCGAUAUGAAUUUGACGCUCCAGACUAUGCAAUGGGGACAGUUCCUGGACCACGACAUCUCCUUCGUCCCCAAUUCUAAACUCGAUUACCUCGGGGUGCAGGGGAUAAGUUGUUGCCAGAAUGGAAAUGUGAUCGUCCCUUCCCCUUUUCCUGAAUGUUUCGCCAUCUCGAUCUCCCCACAGGAUCCCUUCUAUGGACCACUGCAGAUGAACCAAAUAACCUCCUGGCUUGACGGGAGCUCCGUAUACGGGUCUGAUCUCGAGACGACGAAGAUGCUGCGAGCAUUCCAAGGUGGGCUCAUGAAAACCUAUGAAUUGGACGGUCGGAGCCUCCUUCCUCUCGAGUCCGAAGGCGCCAGGAAACGCCAAUCGACGGCCCCGGGCUUCAUCGCCGGGGACACGAGGGUGAACGAGAUGGCGAGCCUUUCCGUCUUGCACACCAUCUUCGUUCGGCAGCACAAUCAGAUCGCCAGGGUGCUCCAACAACUGAAUCCGGCUUGGACUGACGAGACUCUGUUUCAAGAAGCAAGAAGGAUCGUGGGCGCUCAGUUGCAACACGUCACGUUCAACGAAUGGCUCCCAAUCGUUCUCGGGUCCACAUACAUGAGGAAUUUCGGGAUCGCAACCCAGCAAUCGGGAUAUCGACUCAAUUACGAUGCAAGCAUCAACCCGAGCGUGACGAAUGAAUUCGCCGUAGCCGCCUUCCGAUUCGGCCAUACGCUCCUCCAGGGGAUUUUCAAACUUUUUGGAGGAGGAGGGAAUAAGGAGGUGUUGGAACUGCGGGACCUUUUCGAAAAUCCGAGUCUGCUGUUCCCAAAGAAUGGGAUAGAUCGACUCAUCAAUUCUUUAGUCACUCAAAAUGUGCAGAGUUUCGACCACUUCGUCACCACAGAAGUGACGGAGCAUUUGUUCGAGACCCCCACCCAGAGUUUCGGAAUGGAUCUGGUGUCGCUGAACCUGCAAAGGAGCAGGGAUCACGGGGUCCGAGGGUACAACGAAUACCGGCAACUGUGCGGUCUCGGCAGGGCCAGCAACUUCAGUGGAUUCGCGCCUCAGAUCGAUAACCACAUGAUAGAGGACAUAGCGCAUACCUACGAGAACGUAGACGACGUGGAUCUCUUCAUCGGUGGCAUCAGUGAACGGCCACUCGAUGGGACUCUGUUGGGACCCACCUUCCAUUGCAUCAUCGGCGACAUGUUCCAGCGUCUCCAGAAGGGGGAUCGCUUCUUUUACGAUAUCGGAAACCAACCCAAUUCCUUCACACCCGGUGAUUACUUCUCGUCUGGCUCUUUUACUCUCUCCAUCGAGCAAUUCCCGAUGAUCCUCUCUCUGUCACCCUCGUCGAUCGUAGCGCAACUGUCGGAGAUCCGGAAGACGAGUCUCGCCCAGAUCCUGUGCGACAACAGCGAUGGUGGAAUCCAAGGAAUUCCACCCUUGGUCUUUCAGAGCACGAUCCAGAAGGUGCCUUGCUCGAGCCCGACGAUUCUCCGACCGCAGUUUGGGGAUACGAGGGUGAACGACGUCGCGUGUCUCUCAGUCUUGGACACCAUCGUUCAGCAGCACAGUCAGAUCGCCAGGGUACUCCAACGACUGAAUCCGGCCUGGACUGCCGAGACGUUGUUUCAAGAAGCACAAAGGAUCUUUGGCCCUCAGUUGCAACACACAUCACAUUCAACGAAUGGCACCCAAACGUUCUCGGUGGCGGCGCAAGGGAAUCGAGGCACAGGCGCUCUCCAUCAGGUUCCUUCUCAUUCCCCAUCCACCUUCCACCGUUCCCCUUUCCUGGUGUCGAGUGCCUUCUCGAGUGGUGUGCGAGACGGGAAGAGAAUGCCAGAAGUGGAACCAAUAUCGGUCUCAGACGCGGAGGGAGGUAACGCGAGUCAGGAAUUUCUCGACGGGCAUCAAUACAGUCGGAAGGGGAUCCUUCGGUACGAGAGGAUCUUCGGCGAUGACUUCGUCAGCACCGGCGGCAAGGAUAGCACCGAAGAAUUCCUGUCCAUGCUACAUCUUCGCAGUGGGCAGAAGGUGCUGGACAUCGGAUCGGGGAUCGGGGGAAGCGCCUUCUUCAUGGCUAAUCACGCUCAUGUACAUGUCUUGGGAGUCGAUCUUUCACAAAACAUGAUUGCCCUUGCCCAAGAGAAACUGCACAAUAAAUAUCCCCAUCUCAAGGACAAGGUGAAAUUUCAUCACGGUGACAUAUUCGAGCAGGAGUUCCCUGAGAACUCUUUCCAUUUGAUCUACACUCGCGAUGCCCUCAUUCAUGUGGGAGAGAAGAAAACCCUAUUUGAAAAUUGCUUAAGGUGGCUGAAACCCGGUGGAAGGCUAUUCAUUACAGAUUAUUGUCGGGGGAAUGCCGCCCAGUUCGACAGGGAAUUCAUCGAGUACGUCAAGGAAAGGGACUAUAAGCUUCUCACCAUCCACGAAUAUGGAAAAUUGCUGGAGAGCGUCUUUCCAGAAGUCUGGAGUGACGAUCGCACUGAGCAGUUCCUCAUGGUGCUCAAGAAGGAACUUGCACAUUUGGAGCACAUCAAAGACUCUUUCAUCAAGGAAUUCUCGGAGGACGAUUACAAUUAUUUGGUGGAAGGGUGGAAAGCAAAAGUGCAGCGAGUCCAUUCUGGCUAUCAGGCUUGGGGAGUGUUCCUUGCCACCAAACAUUAGUGUCACUUCUUUCUCUCCUGCUUCUCUCCUCUUGUGUUCCUUACCUAAUUUCUUUCUGGUCUCCAUAAUACUUCAUUCUUGCAUUAAAGUGCCUUCAUUCUUA